AUUAACGCUGGCAAAGACAUUCAACGCGAGCUCCCCUCGGCGCGCACACCCGAUGUGAGGACCGUGCACGUCGGAGGGCUUGCAAGUCAACCCCCCCCUUACUCCUCCCCAACUUGCUGCCUUCACCACCACCACAUGACGGGGGGCAACGUGGCGGCGGCGGUGAGGCGGUGGGAGCGCGCGGCACACGCAGCGGGACGCACAGGCAGACAAAGAGACGCUCGGCGCGGCGGGAUGCGCUCUGACGCCAGGCUUGGACCUUUUUUUGGGGGGAAGUAAAACACUCCAAAAAAGAUCUUUUUUUAUUUUUUGGGGAGGGGGGGAAGCCUGCUGGACCACCACCACUUGUGCCCUCUUCUGCUCCUCCGGAUGCUUAGAAAUGGGGGAAUGGACUAUACUAGAGAGGCUCCUGGAGGCUGCUGUCCAGCAGCACUCUACUAUGAUAGGAAGGAUCCUGCUGACGGUGGUGGUGAUCUUCCGCAUCCUGAUCGUGGCCAUCGUCGGGGAGACGGUGUACGAUGACGAGCAGACCAUGUUUGUGUGCAACACGCUGCAGCCGGGCUGCAACCAGGCGUGCUACGACAAGGCGUUCCCCAUCUCGCACAUCCGCUACUGGGUCUUCCAGAUCAUCAUGGUGUGCACGCCCAGCCUGUGCUUCAUCACCUACUCGGUGCACCAGUCGGCCAAGCAGAAGGAGAGGCGCUACUCCACCGUCUACCUGACGCUGGACAAAGAGCCGGACUCGCUGCUGAAGCGCAGCAUGCUCGGCGGUGGCGGCGGAGGAGGGGGGGGCGGCAUCGGCGGGGGCGACGACUCGGCCAAGAAGAUCAAGAACACGGUGGUCAACGGCGUGGUGCUGCAAAACACCGACAACUCCACCAAGGAGUCCGAGCCCGACUGUCUGGAGGUGAAGGAGAUGCCCAACUCGGCGGCCGCCAGAACUACAAAGUCCAAAAUGAGGCGGCAGGAGGGCAUCUCGCGCUUCUACAUCAUCCAGGUGGUGUUCCGCAACGCGCUGGAGAUCGGCUUCCUGGUGGGCCAGUACUUCCUGUACGGCUUCAACGUGCCCUCCGUUUACGAGUGCGACCGCUACCCGUGCAUCAAGGACGUCGAGUGCUACGUGUCGCGGCCCACCGAGAAGACCGUCUUCCUGGUCUUCAUGUUCGCCGUCAGCGGCUUCUGCGUGGUGCUCAACCUGGCCGAGCUCAACCACCUGGGCUGGCGCAAGAUCAAGACGGCCGUGCGCGGCGUGCAGGCCCGCCGGAAGUCCAUCUACGAAAUCCGGAACAAGGACCUGCCGCGGAUGAGCGUGCCCAAUUUCGGGCGCACGCAGUCCAGCGACUCGGCUUACGUCUAAAGAGGACAGCAAAACACACACACAGCCCCCCCCCCCCCCCCCCCCUUGCUCCAGCCAUCCUCCUUGCGCGUUUGGAACUUCUGACUAUUACGCACGCCUGAAUACGUGUCACGACUUUUCACCAGUGGGCAAGUUUGCUUUUCCCUUUUCUUUCCAUAAAUUCCAUGCUUGGAUUACUAACGCGUGUGCCGGCUUGCUAAAUUAUGCUUAUGAUUGCACAGAGGCAUCGUUUUGAGUUUGUACUCCGUCAGAGCAACCAUGUGUCUACUACACACACACACACUGGACAAUUCAUUAGGUACACCUGUGGUCAUGGGAAUAAAUUUUUUUAAAGGAACAUACUUUUGAGUGGCGGUGAUGGCAACCAAAGCCACAAUAUGUUCAUUUUGGCUUUGGGUGUGUCCUCUUGAAAAUGCACUGAAAAGAGGAAAACACCUAAAAGCUUAAUCCAAAAAUGUGCUGGUUUUUUUCCCACUUCAUCUCUAUCUAUAGUUAAACGGCACUAGUAAAAAGGACACUAAUAGAUCCAUAUCCAUAUAUAAACAUAUUUUUUGUUGCCUGUGUCACACCACUUGACCUUAAACAUAAGAGCCGCUCCAUUGCUUACUUCUAUCAACCGUUGCUGCAAACGCAAACGUCUGUGACUUCACCUUCAUGUCUUUUUGUUGUUGUUGUGUAGGACACACCAAAGCGCCCACAGAUUUUUAUGAUUCUCUUUUUUUCCCGCUUUUUUGUGUAAUCAAGUGCCAUACUUGUAUAUAGACAUGACAUAAAUGUAUACAUAUAUAAAAUAUAAAUAUAUAUAAAAUAUAAAUGUAUAUAUAUAUAUCUAUAUAUAUACUAUAUAUAGAUAUAUAAAAUAUAAAAAUAUUCACCAUCAAUGAGAAGCUUAUUUCCCCUGCUUGGACGCUAAUGGCCCUUUUUUUAAAAUGCAUUUAUUGUGAUUUCAAUGAAUAAAAAAGUGCAUAUGGACAGCUUUCUUCCAACUAUGGGAAAAUGAAGAUUUUUUUUUUUUUAAAUGCCCCCUCCCAUACACAGCUCCAAAUAAGAAAAAUAGCACAAAUUGACAUUUUUUUUAAUGAAAAUAAAAAAAAUGCUCUGGUGCUACAGUUUUGCUUUGAUUUUCAAAGAAUGGUUUGAAAAUGUAUCCAAAAAGACAUCCGAAUAAGGAAUGACGAGCAAAUAAAAAGUGGGAUUCAUGGACACUA